AUGAUGCCUAUGGGACACGAAAAUCUAUUGCAGUCAUUUCAGGAGAUUGUCAAGGACUACGUCGGCUACAAACUUCGGCAAAGGAAUAUUUUCUUGGCUGGAUAUCAUGUGGAAUCGACUUCGCCAGCGGCUCGUCAUUUGCGACGAGUCGCUGACGAAUUGAUAGAAGAAAACAGACAAUUAUUCGAAACCAUGUGCGAUCAGCUUCACCUAACGCCUGCAUCAACGUAUGCUACCUUUGUGGGGAUAGCGGACGAAAUUUUCCAGACAGGAACUAACUGGGGUCGGAUAGUAGCUUUUCUGGCGUUCGGGGCCACGUUGGUCGUGUAUUGCGCCUCAAGAGAGGAUUUGGCGCAACUUAUAGAGAACAUCGUUGAAUGGAUUUCGUUGUACAUGAACCAGAAUCUUGGUCCUUGGAUUAACAGUAAUGGCGGAUGGGUGAGUAUGUUUGGAAUUACAACUGAUCUGUGAAUGGGUCCUCGCUCAGUAGUGCUAGUAUGUGUUCAAUGUUGGGUAGUGAGUGGAAAAAAACUCAUGGCUCGGGAAAUGCUGAAUCACUAAGAGUAAAAGCACGAUUUGUUGACAUUAAACAUCACGAGAAAAUCAAAGGAUUUCAAAAAUACAGAAAAUAUUCAGAAAAAAUAGUAAGGCUAUUAUCUUUGAGAAUCGAUCUUUUUAACCUCUUUUUUGUCGUUUCGCCCGGUGUAAUCUGGAACAGAGGCGAAAACGCGCAAAAAAUUUUGCUAUUAAUUAAGCUUUAAAUAUACAGAGUACUGUGGUCGUUGUGUGAAAGCGCAGAUCGAGAGUAAAAUGAUUGUAAUCUCAAUGAAAAGCGUAAAUAUAAAGCAAGAAAAUUUUAAAUAAUAUAUUUUAAAAAAUCGUUAAGAAUGUGAUACCUAAACUUUGGUGUUCAGUAAACGUGCCUUUUUUGGAGUUGGAUGCAAAUUCGCUUCAUCCUGUCGUCUGUUUCACUCGUGUAUUUUCAAGAAUAGAACAUGUCGCUUGUCCUUCCUGGGGAAUUGACGAUGUCCUGGAUUAUUUCGGUUUUGAUAGAGUAUAAGCAAAAUGACAAAAAUAAGUUUAAAAAUGUUGCUAGCCAAAGCAAGGAGAUAUUAGCACGCGGUUAGUCUGAGGGAAAUUUAUUUGGGGAUUUUUUUAAUAUUUAGCAAAGAUUUCUUGUAGGGCGCCAGGAUUCGUAUUGAAUGACUGUAGUAAAUUUAUAGUAUUUCGAGUACGUGGAGUUGAAUUGGAAAUCGGAAAUUGCAAGUAUGUCAACCUACUUGUUAGUCACACUUUGAGGGAAAUACGAUCCGCCAAAACUUUAUAACUCUCCUCUUUCUUUGGUUUAUCACAUGCAGAAUCACAAAAAAAUAAACCCUAUAAAUUUUAACCCUUUUUGUUUUUUUAAUCCAGCAUCAAGAUGACGUAAUCUUGAUAUUUUGGACCUUCAAACCGGAAGGAACUCGGAUGUGUCUGAUCAGUAUAGUAUCUGCACCAACUAUGGAGUUCACAUCCAUUUGCAAAAUUCAAGACAGUUGAAAUAUUAUAUUGAAGGAUGAUAAAGUGUACAUUUUUAACAUAACUUUGACCAAAUAGCGUUAGUGUUAGUGUGAGCAGUGCAACUCUCCGCGUAUGAAGUAAAGGGGGUCUAUUCGUCCAUAAAGCUUCAGGGCUCGUAAUGUUUACGAAUUUCCUUCUAUAGCGUGCUUUUAAAACCAUAAAUUUAUGCAAAAGGUGCAAUGAAAACCUGUUUAUGUUAUGCAAAAGUACAUGCCAGUAGUAUUUUUGUCAUGAUUACUAAGUAUUCGUUCUCAUUUUUUUUUUCAGGAUGGGUUUAUUGACUUCUUCAGGACAGACGAGGGUCCUUCUGACAAUAACGCAAGCGGCUGGCGUGUAGCUGCUGUGGCUGGCCUUGGGCUGGGAGCCCUUCUUAUGUUAGCAUGCAGAUGA